CAGAUAUUUAAAAAUUCAGUAUCAAGUUCCAUCAUUCAGUCCAAAGGUCAAAAUAUAACGCUAUUCCGCUAAGAUAAAUCAGUUGAGCAGAGUUUGUAUAUUUCCUUCCACCAAGUUACCUAUAUAUCUUUGCAUUUCACCCUGUUGUCAAUGUCGGUUAUUUGUUUAUUGCUGGAAACGUGUCUGAACUUGUCGACCAAGCUGUUUUGACAUAAGAUUGUAAAGAAGAUUCAGUUUCCUGCAGACCUGCACGUGAACAAAUGAUGGUGAAAUUUAAGUGCAGAACACGUGAUGUUUUGGGUUGUCUGAGUAUAGUAUAAGAGACGUCUGAUAAGAGACUGUCAUUCGCACUUGCAGUGGCAUUGGCCUGAGUUGUCUCAGUUUUAGGAGUUACGAAAAAUCCUCAAACGAACGAAGAUGUCGGACAAACCAACAAAGCAAAUUCUGGGCAACUACCUAGAGCUAGACCAGGGAGAAUAUGUUCAAGUGAUGUAUGUUUGGAUUGAUGGCACUGGAGAAAAUCUCCGCUGUAAAACCAAGACUAUGAGCUUCGAACCGAAGGAGCCGAAUGACUGCCCUAUAUGGAACUUUGACGGCUCAAGGUAAGCGGACUCUAUCACUCAUAUCAACAUAAUCUUCGAAUUAAAAUAGGAUAACAGAAAUUUUAGUUAAGGAUAGAAUUGAAAGUUGGUACUCGGUUACGAUGUUCGCAUCGGAUGCAUGUCUCUCACGGAGCAAGGGAUAUAGUUGUUGAUGAGGUAUUGAGGGAGGAAAACUGAAGAGACCAAUCUUACCUCAACUUACAUGAGCUCGAGUUUUCAAGGACAUAAAGUCAGAGUAGGUAGCUAUGUGUGGUUGGCUACUGGACUACUGGUGAGUGACCAGCAAUGAACCCUAUGGAUAUAAGGUGGCAUCGAUGAAAUUGUAAAUAGGAAAGAUUGGAACUUAAGGUUACGUUACACGGUGCAAUUUUUCUUGCAACUUGCAAUGCAAUUCUACUCUUGAGAGAUGUAAAAUUGCCAAAUACGAGUCUUCAUUACACUCCGCUGUUUUCUGAACAUAUCGAAAAUUCUUCACUGAUUUCACUAAUUAAUACCUCUCAAGAGUAGAAUUUCAUUGCAAGUUGCAAGAAAAAUUGCACCGUGUAACAUGGCCUUUAGUCUAACGAGCGAAAAAUCUCGACGAAUCAGUAACGACUGCUAUACUUUGGACUUACCAGCCCCAGCGAUUUUAGCGUUUGGCAUCGUUUUGUAGCAAUGAGGAUAGAAAAUUAACAUUGAUAUGAAACAAAACGUUUGAAGUGAAAAAAUGUUCUAAUUGCCACAUGCUGAAAAUAUGAAUUAAUAUACCAGACGUUAUCACUGUCAAUGCCAAUGGUGCAUCAGACUGCAAUAAAGUUGUAACGUAUGUGCCAGGUUGAUUUAAUAAUCUGCAGUUCAUUAAAAUUUAGGUAAAUAUAUCAAUAAAUAUGUUAUGGCAUGCUGUUUUCAAAAUUGCAUGAACAGUCUUAUGCAAUGUAUUAUUCGAAUAUAUACUAUGGGUAGCAUGCUGUGGAUGGGUCGACCCGCAUUAAAAAAAUGAAUGAAUACAUUAAAAAAUUAAUGAUUAGGAAAUGUGCAUAGUAGAAUUAUGGGAUUUGCGAUUGAUUUACUGUUGGUUUACUUGGCUAGAACUUCACGCAAAUGUAAAUUAUAUAUUGCCUACGUCACUCAGGACCAGUGAAUGUUCUGCAGAUAUUUAUUACGAUCACAAUUCAUAAAUCGUUUCGUUGUUAUAAAUUUUACACCAUAGGUUGUCAGUCUCUAUUCAUACCAAUAAGCAUGUACUCUGUCUCUGGCAAGAUCUCUGAUCAUUACCUGAUAAUAUGAUCCAUAUUUCUCUAGCACUGGCCAAGCAAGUGGAUCAAACAGCGACGUAUAUCUCCAUCCAGUUGCCAUAUUUCGAGAUCCUUUUCGACGUGGGCCUAACAAACUUCUCUUAUGUGAGACAUAUCACUAUGACCAUAAACCUACAGCAACCAACUUAAGAAAAAGCUGUAAAACAGUUAUGGAGAAAGCCAAGGUAAGCUUAUUUCGUACUGAAAUUUUCCAAGCAAUUUAUUAGCAAAACAUAAUUUCAAUAAUUCUGUAAGAGGCAAUGAACGCCCAUGGAUCACGGCGAGCAUGGACUAGCAAAAUUACUUGAUAGUCGGUAUGAAGCUACGGUACCCUGGAUGCAGAGGUUUCCUGUAAUCAUAUAGGCUACAGUGAGUACUGGUUAUAAGCUACUGUAAUAUUUGCUCAUAUGGGUCAGUGGAUACGAUGGGCCUAUACUAGUUUAGGAUAGCCGACGUCACUUAAUUGUAAAACAAACAUGUCUGGAUACUGUGUGUUGUUAGUACCAUUCAAUAUAUAGUUGUGCAACUAGCACUGAACGGCCAAAAAUAUCUGUUCAAAAUUGCCAUUUUCGGCCAUCGUUGACAUUGACAUUGUCUUUUUGGUAUAUGUGUGAAAUGGCACAUUUAAUAGUUAAAAUAUAAACAUCUGUGGGUCAGUGAAGGUCAUGGUCAUUGCAUGAGAGUAUUGCGCAGAGAAAGCUUAAGCCGCUUAAUAAAGAUUAUGUCGGGUUGUGAUGAUUAGCCAAGCAGAAGUAUCGAUUACAGUUUUUAUUUUGCCAUGAUCCUCGUAUAAGUAUAACUAUUAACUAAAUUGAAACUCUAUUCUACACAUUAAAGACUUCAAGUUACUUUAUUUACUAGAACCGUUAGUUGUGGAAUUAAUGCCACCUCAAAAAUCUCCAAAACGGUAUCUUACGAUACCUUUGUUUUCUUUGUUUUUUGCUCCAAAAAUUCAUCUUAUGACAUCAUAUCCGGAAACUUUGACAGUGAAAAAGUUGAUGCACGAAGUUGAGGUUUUUUAAUAAAGCUAAUAUUACAUUUCUUCUUCAAAGGAAAGUAGUUUAAAAGCCGUAAAACUGCAAGAAAUAGAAAUGAGGUCGUUGCACGGGAUCUUUUUGUUGGGGACAUGCACGAAGUCGAAGAUGGAACCUUGAUCCACAACAUCAUGUGUAAUCCAUGCAACAAUGGCGUUAUCCGACAUCCUGCGACAUAAAUACCGAGUUUUUUUUCAGCAGUAGACUGGAUUGAGGGGUCUUUGACCUUGCAACAGAUCGGAAAAUCAAUAUUUGCUUUUAAAUUUAAUGCAAGUGAGUGACCUUGACUCACACGCAGUUGGACGCGUGUGGUGUUGCCAUAGGAGAAUCAAUUUUGUGUAAACUUCGGUUCGUUUUUAAUUACGAAAAUUCCGGCGCGUCAUGCAGCCGAGCUAAUGAAAGUAUCGGCAGUGAGCUAAGAGCUUAACUUUAAGCAAGCGACGUUUUUAACAACAUGGAUGUAACCCGAAAAUUGGACAAAUUGGUACAAUCAUAGCGCUAGUGUAAGGGACGGGCCAUUAGAUAUUUGAGGGGGUUGGGCAAUUUUUCUGUGCACGAAUUUUUUUCAUCCCCCAAUUGCUUGCAAGAAUUUUUUUUCUGCAACAUUCCUUUGCACGAUAUUUUUUUUAAGAUGACCUAAAAAAAUUUUCCCGGAAAGUUCGUCGAAAAGUUCGUCGACGGGGGGAGGAAGGCAUAAUUUUUUUCGAAUGCCGUAAAAACACCAUUUUAAUGUUUUAAAAUAAUUGCAUUACGAUUUUAAAAAUCAGCCCUAGUUCUUGCUCGAUUUUUUUUUCAAUAGGCUUGUUGUGCACGAUAUUUUUUCUGGAUUUUUUCUGUGCGCGAAUUUUUUUUUGUAUUUCCCCCUCAAAUAUCUAAUGGUUCAUCCGUAAGGAAGUAAAAAACUUUUAAAUUCUUGCAUUUUGCCAUAUGUGUUGAGGUUAUCACAAACUGAUACAAACACAGUUUUUAAUCCAGUCUCCCAGCUCGGCAAUCUGACGUCCGUGUUGACAAAAACGUCGUAUGCUUGUUAGCUCCCUAAUUACCAUCACGAACGUACACACUGAAGAAUUUGUCAGGAUAAAGUAUAAAGAUGGCGCUCCUUUUAGCGAGAUAUCUGAAAUUUAAAAUAUUUACCAUGCCAUUACGAAAGGCACUAUCCUGAAAAUGCAACCGCACAGGAACGUAGCGAAGGCCUUGGGCCCUUGCCGUUGGGGCUUUAGGGAGAAGUCCAAAUUACUUCGCACAAUGGAAUACGGGGAUAAAUCUACUAGGGGGAUCGAGGAAAUUUUGAACAUUUACUGAUUUAGACCGCCAGAAACUCAGAAAGCCCGCAAAUCAUGCAACUGAAAUUUGGCAUUUAUAAUAUAUAUGUUAUAUAAGAACGUUUUUGAUUGGCUGAAAUGCGUGCUCAAUUAAUCGCGGGGAAUUUUUUCAUAAACAGUUCGUAAAAUUUUUUCAUUUUUUAAUCAGUAAAAUAUAAUUGUUGAAUAAAAACACUCAUCCAUUUAUUUCAAACAGAUAACUGAUUUAUUUUAACCAAUUUAAAUCACGUUGUAAAUGGUCCCCAAGUUAGCUUAUACCAGCUCGUCAUUCAAGUGUAAGAAGUCAUGCAGAGAGUUUUUGACUAAACGGCAAAACUUGUGAACUGGAUCCUGGCUGCAUUAUUUUUACUCCCAACUCUUACGGUCUUCUCGUGCUCCAGCUCUCCCAACUUCCCGCGUCAGUCAAUAACUCGAUCAGUUCAGCACGCUAAUCAUGAAAAAUAUUAAUUCUAGCUUGCAUUCGCUAAAUUUUAACUUGCAAUGCUCUCAUAAUUUACCUGAUUAAACUAAAUCGCCAGGAAAUGUACCUAGUUACAGCCCCCUAUACAUGCCCCCUCUUGGUCGCUAUAUGGUCUUGCAACUGCAGUACAUAUCCACACUUUCCACCUGGGAAUCGUGUUGGCGACCGAAUUCGGUCCCUUUCUCGAUAUAUGAGCGAACAAAAUAGGGCAUAAAAUUUAUAAAAAUAUGGAAAUGUAUAAGCUUAUAUAUAUGCCAAUUUAAAUCAUCAUGGCCUGUCAAGAUCAAGCGCACCUUCCUACCUUAUAGCCCACCUUAGUCUACCUACCAGAGCGGAGACUACUAGUAUAUAGCACACCUUAAUAGACCACCAGCUUAUCCCUCACUUUACCACACGUACCCAAUACUACAUGCAGCUUAACAAUUUCUUUCUAUAAAAAACUUCUAGGACGAACACCCAUGGUUUGGAAUAGAGCAAGAGUAUACUUUAGUUGACGAGUCUAACCAUCCUUAUGGUUGGCCGAAGGGAGGUUAUCCAGCUCCACAAGGUCCAUAUUACUGUGGUGUUGGCACUGGUAAAGUGUUGGGAAGAGAUGUGGUGGAAGCACACUAUAGAGCUUGUCUAUAUGCUGGAAUUAAAAUUGCUGGCACGAAUGCUGAAGUUAUGCCAUCGCAGGUUCAUAUUAUAACUUGUUUUAUAUAUACUACCGAUAGUAAGUGCAGCAGAUGGUUUUCAACCGACAGUUAUCACUACUGAGUGAGAAAAUAGUAUACUAUUUCUUAGUGCUGGCAUUCACGCUAGGCUGAAUUUUGGUAUGGGCAUUGAUUAGCUUCUAUAUAGUUUGUGUUAUUGUAUUCCACAGUGUUGCAAGCUCUCGAUAGAAAGACACUAUUAUGGAAGGACUCCAAUGGUUGUCUGUUCCAUGAAGGACUCCGGCAAGGACAUGAUCGUUUUGACCCAUGGCCAUGCAUGGGGGGUUCGAUAUACAUGCAUACCACCUUUUCGAAGCUACCAUAUCCCACGACUUCUGAAACAGAAGAAUAAGAUAAUCUGGAUAAAAAACGCAUCCAUAUACGGAAUAAUCUGAUGAAAAGCUCACCCUAGCUCAUAUACUUAUAAUAAUCUGGAGGAAAAAAUUCUCCCCAACAACAGCGAGAAAAAAAACGCACGCACUCAAUGUUGCAUAAUAAUCUGGUGAAAAAACUCAUCCUAACAUAAUAAUCUGCGGAUAAAACAAUUCACUCCAUAAUAAUGUGGAAAGAAACUUCAACCAGCAUACGAAUUUUGUGAAAUACUGGGCUCUGCAUAAUGAGCCGAAAACUCACCUUUGCAUGAGAAUAGCUAUACUGUUCAAGUAUGUCAGAGAAAUCUCAUUCUUGUACAGUGAAAUAAAUUUCCCAAAAUACGUGGUUAGGAGAUUGACUGAAAUUCUACUGCACAUCUCAUUGAUCAAAAGUAAAUUGGGGUUAAGGUUAGGAUUCAGGUUAGGGCUAGGAUUGGGGUUAGGGUACGGUCAGGAUUAGAGUUACUGAAAUGUCUGGAAAUUUGCGUUUGCGUGCCAUUCCGAACGGCCAUAACAUUCACCAUGCAUCUCGAAAUAAUCGUUUUCGAUAUAGUUUGUUGUUUGUUUGUGAGCUUCAACGUGGUUUGGCCGUGCCUCUCUACUGAAAUUAACUGAAUAAGAAUCAAGCGGCGCUUUGUUACUGUUAUUUAUUUUCAUUAUCCGUAGUAGUGAUAUAUGUAUUUGGACGUGUAAGUGUCGGCACUAUUUUAAAAUAGGGCAAGUGAUUUCCUUCUUCAGGUAUAUGUCCCCCCCCCCUCAUUUUUUCAAUCGCCAUGCGCACAGGAUAUUUUUUUCGUUUGCACUAUGCAUUCUAUAUCUGACUGCACUUAUCGUUUGCAGUGGGAGUAUCAAAUUGGUCCUUGUGAAGGAAUAGAAAUGGGUGACCAUUUGUGGAUGUCAAGAUUUAUUCUGCAUCGCGUUGCAGAAGACUUUGGUAUUUGUAUCACUUUCGAUCCAAAACCAGUCCCAGGGGAUUGGAAUGGCGCUGGUGCACACACAAACUUCAGGUAAAUGUACUUUAUAUUUCUCAUGAAGCCGUAUCCAACCAAGGACAAUUGUAAGGGCAUGGAACAGUUUCAGAGAACUGUCUCCAAAAAUAAAAUUACGUCUGAGUUGUCCAAUUUUAAGACUUGUAGAAACCACCAUCUUGUUUGAUAAUUUGGUCUAUUGUUAAUUAAAUGACGUCACAUAACGAAAUAAUAGCCUUUAUUAUAUACACAAGGUCUGGAUAUGAGGUAUUCUGCAAUCUGAUUGGUUCUCUACUAGCAGGAUAUUAGCUCAUAUCCUGCUAGUAGAGAAAAACAAAAUGGCGGCCAAACUGAAUUUACGAUGUUUUGCAAACGAGAAAACGGCAAGUUGUCGCUUUUUAUAACCUUUAUAGGAUUAAAAACACAACGAAAAAACUCCCACAAUUUGUUUUCAGGUUAGCAAAUAAAUUUUUAAAAUUUAAAAUGGUUAAAAAUAUAUAUUUUUGAAAAAAUAAUCAGCCGAAAGAGCGAAGAUAAAAACAUAAACAAAAUAGAAAAAUAUCCGAAAAGCAAAGUCUGUGAAUUCAGACCUUGUGUAUAUAAUAAAACAGUUAUUCCACUCACUCUCGUCGAAUAUGAGCGAUAGCCGAUUCGGCGCUACGCGCCUCAUCGGCUAUCAGCUCAUAUUCGACUCGAGUUCGUAGAAUAACUGUUAAAUAUCUGCACAUAGCCAGUCAAAAGAGUGCUAGGUAUUUUAAUGACACUGGAAUUUGUUUGGAUUGUAAUCCAGUGGGUUUAAGUGGCUUCCCUUGAAGAGUUCCCCUUCGUUAGCCCUCCCCCCCCCCUCGUUAAAAUUUUAGGACUGCAACACUGACAUGCAGUAAUAAUGGUACAUGUAUCAUUCUUUUCGCAGUACAUUGGCAAUGAGAGAAGAAGGAGGCUUAAGUCAUAUAUAUGAAGCUAUUGAGAAACUAUCCAAAGUACAUGAUUUACAUAUGAAGGCAUACGAUCCGAAGGAUGGUACUGACAAUAUGCGUCGUUUAACAGGGCGUCAUGAAACGGCGGACAUCCACACUUUCUGUCAUGGUGUGGCUGACCGUGGUGCCAGUGUACGUAUACCUCGGCAGUGUGCUGAAGAUGGUCAUGGGUAUCUUGAAGACCGGCGACCCGCUGCUAAUGCAGACCCAUACAAAGUUACCGAGAGAGUUGUCAGAACUGUUUGUGAAAUUGCAGAUUAAGAAUAUCACAUGAACAAUGCAUGUGAACAAAUAUAGUCAUGUGAACAAGAACAGUCAAUUUGAACAGUAUAAAAUUUCGACAAGUUUCCAACAUUGAUCGAGAUCGAUCGAGUUAGGAAUUUCUUAAACAUUUCUGUUAGUCUAGACAGUCACUCUUUAGUCUUUACUUCUUUUUGGAUAGUAAUACACGAAGCGAACUGAUUUUAAACUGGCACAAAUGCGGAUUGAAACUUACAGAUUUGAAGUAACGGGAUCAAAAAUUAGUCUCACGAACAUUACUAUAGUAUCAUCUUCCUGACCGCAUUAUUUUAAAUGGAUCUGCAUGAGAAAGGACAUAUUAUAUCAGUCAAACUGUACGUAAUCUGCAAAAAGCCGUGGCGUCAUACAAUUUUGCAACUGAUAUAUAUUUCGACAUAUAUCAUUCCAGAUUUCCUGUUGCUUUUCCCAUAUGGCAUUCACGCAAAGAUUCGUCAGCACUUUCUUGCGAUAAUAACUUCUAUAGUUUUAAGUUCAGUAUCAUUGUCACUUCAACAAAAUGAACUGAAAUAAUUGGGGGUAUUUUAAGUUUUAUAUGAUUGUCAAUACAAUGGAAUUUAAAAGUUUGAUAAUUAAAUUAUAAUCUUG